GUUUCUAAUUUAGAAAGGAAAGGUGAGUGAUGGGCUACAUUACAACUCGAAGGUUGAGAUCUCACGUAAAGAGCAUAUCGGUGUUCUUGCUUUCUUUCUGCUUCUGAUUCUAUAGAACGAGGGAGAGAAGGAAGAGACACGAAAAUAAACUAGAAUUUGAGGAGGCAACGGGUGAUAAAGAUAGUUAACUACUGCAAGGGAAUAAUUCGAGACGCGCAUAGAGGUCACCCAGUUCAUUCUCUUUCCUUUCCUCCCUGUUUCUUUGGUUUUUUCUGUUUGCAAAGAAUCCCCUCCAACAUUCCAAUAACACCCGACCCAAUUACCUUCUCUCUCUCUCUCUCUGAAGAUCUUAUUUUUACAUGUUGGUGAUCGGUGACGCAACAAAGACAAGGUUUAAGGAUCUGAGAGGACCACCGCCACGCAGAUCUCUGGCAAUUUCUGUCGAUUCCGUAUCCGGGUCUUGUUUGAUUCGCAAUGAGUUGGAGAUACAGAGCCGGGUUGUUCCUGAUAGCGGCUGUUGUUGUUAUAUGGGUCUUCUCUGCAGAAGUCACCCAGGGCAUAUUUACAGAUUAUAAGCAGCCAUUCGCAAUAACAUAUCUCGGAGCUUCUCUUAUGGUAGUCUACCUCCCAAUAUCAUUCCUAAAGGAUUGGUUGUGUAAUAUCCUAAAACGUUGCUCUUCUAAAAGCGGUAGAAAUGCAGAAAGCCUGAAUGAUUUUUCUGCUGGUCUUAGUUCUACCCUAAAAUACAUUGGAGGCCAGAAAGACUUUGAACUGGAACUUCAGGGGACUUUGACUAGAAAAGAUAGUGAAGCAGACCUUUCACCUCAUGCGGAAGCAAGUCCACUGGUCGCUAAACACAAAGAUGAUGCACACAUACUGAAACAAGAUAGGGAGCUUACAACCAAAGAAAUUGCUACUUAUGGAUUUUACAUUGCUCCAAUCUGGUUUGUAACUGAGUAUCUAUCAAAUGCUGCACUGGCACAUACAAGUGUUGCAAGUACAACAGUAUUAUCAUCUACUUCAGGACUUUUUACUCUUUUCAUUGGUGUUUUUCUGGGCCAAGAUUCUUUAAACCUUGCAAAAGUAGUUGCGGUCUUUGUCAGCAUGGCUGGUGUUGUCAUGACAACGAUGGGAAAAACCUGGGCUAAAGAUGACUCACAGAUGAAUGCUUCUGCCAAUGGGAAACGUUCUCUUGUUGGUGAUCUUUUUGGCCUUCUCUCAGCUAUGUCAUAUGGUUUAUUUACAGUGCUUCUUAAAAAAUUUGCUGGUGAAGAAGGAGAAAGGGUUGAUGUGCAGAAGUUGUUUGGCUAUAUAGGAUUAUUUACACUUGUAGCACUAUGGUGGCUUGUUUGGCCAUUGACAGCCUUGGGAAUUGAACCCAAGUUCACAAUCCCUCAUUCUGCUAAGAUGGAUGAAGUUGUGCUUGCCAAUGGUCUUAUUGGAAGUGUCCUCUCUGACUACUUUUGGGCACUCUGUGUUGUAUGGACGACUCCACUGGUUGCCACCUUGGGCAUGUCACUCACCAUCCCUCUUGCUAUGUUGGCUGACAUGGUAAUCCAUGGUCGUCACUAUUCAGCAGUUUACAUUCUUGGCUCAGUUCAGGUAUUUGCUGGUUUUCUAAUAGCUAACCUUUCAGAUUGGGUCUCAAGGAAGUUGGGAUUGUAGCAUUUUGUGAUAUUCUUGUAGCUUGAUCCCAAUUCUUUCUUGGGGCCAUUCUCUCUCCAUUGUUUUGAUUGGAUGCCAUAUUCAUGAAUUAUUGAGUCCAAAGUUCCUCUCGGGUAUAUGCAUCGUUGGCAUAUCGGAAAGAGGAAAAUGAUGAAUGUAAUUGUAGCAUAGUCUAUUGAUAGUGUAAAUGAAGGUUUGUCUUUGUGUGAGGUUUUGAGUUUUGAGCCCCAAGUGUAAUAAAGUUGUCUUUUUUGG